CGUCGCGACGACCCGCUCGAAUUUGAUAACGACGCGGUAGUCGCGCGCUCGUGAUCGCUUCGUUCCGAGAGGUUGUUUCGCUGAUGGCGCGGAGUGCAUUUCCUGUUCGGUGGUUCCGCUCGUGAGGGCUAAGGUUACGUUCGUUCGUAUCGAUCUCGAUCCUAUCGGAACAAGUUUCUUUUACCAGAGAACCGACGUAACGAUCUGGUACCACUAGUUAUACGUAUUCGGUUCCACGAAAAUUAUACGAUUCUUUCGAGUGGCGCUUGUACAUUUUUAAACGGUGCGUCAACCUGUUGUAACUGUGUAACGCGGUCGUCUCCGAGGCGUGUAAACAGAAGUCUGUCGGGAGUCGUGACACGAGAGAAAAGUGUCGUGGGGAGAUAGGACGAGCUAAACGGUUGUAACGCUUGUCAAACUGGUUUCUCGACGAGAAGAAACGUGCAUCUCUAGUACUGUUCUAUCGAGGGUAGAGGAGACUGAAAACUGGAUCACGUUGCAACGGGGCUGCAGCCAGAGAUUCGUCGAUCUUCGGGUAAAAUGUCGCGGGAGGAAGAAGCGUGGAAAUUGAAGGGUGCGAAAGGAGGAAGAAUCCAAAAGCUCGAAGGGUGAAACCGAAGAGAAGAAAGGAAGGAAAGGAGAAGAAAAAGGGGCGUCACUGCAGGGAAUUCGAGGGUUGUGCGCGCCUCCGGCCAGAUACCACCGCUUGUAUAGAUCUAUAUGCAUAGGAAAGUCGCGGCGAUAGAAGUAGCCCGGACACGAUGGCGUGUAUCUGGGUCAUACAGCCGUCCUCUCUCUCGCGCGCGGGUGUGUACCCGCGUGUUAUCGGUGUCGUCGCUGGUUCUCCAUAAUUUUAGAAGAUUCGUUCGUCCAAACGAAAAGAAGAUAAGAUCGUGGACUGAUCGUGAGAACGAAUGCGUCUGGAAUUAAAAAGGAAGAAACGAGAGAAGGAGGAGCGCGCGUUGUUCUCCGGCUCGUCGACACGGUGCGUCGAUAUCCUCCCGUGGUGCUACAUCGCGAUUCGGAUCAAACAGCCAAAUCGCUAAGUUAACGAGUCGACUGUUAGUAUUUUUCGCUUCGUCAGCGCCUCUGUACGAAGUAUCCUGCACCGAGUAUCGAAUGCUCGUGGAAACGGGAAACAGGCAGCAUGCACGAAGCAUCGUGAAGAAGGAUCUUGGACGUCGAUAUUCGUGAGAGAAUUAGCGCAGAAACGGUCAGGUUGAAACACUUGGGGAGAACGCUUCGUUGCCACGAGUUGUACACGAUUUCUCGACGGACGAGAUCCACGGAACCGAUGCACGCAAGCUCGUUUCGACCUCUUUGUUCGUGCAAAGGGUAGUGUAUCGUGGUGAUCACGGUGGUUCGAACGAAACCCGUAUCGGCCGGUUGUUUCGCCCGGUCGCCAAAACCGAUCGGUCGAAUCGUUCGCGUAGGUCCUGCAACGCGUCGUCGGACAACUCGAUCCCCGUAACCGUAACGAGCUGUUACAUCGUUACAGCUGUGCAAGUGGGGAGGGGGUGACACGGGGAAGAACGCGACCGACUACCAUCCCGCGGGGACAAUCUCGACCGAACGAGCACCAUGCGAGAACUAUUAUCUGUGGAAGAGCAAUCAGUUUGCGCGAAACCCGUUUCUCUUUAGAGCGGACACGUCGGACGUGCCGGCUCGGUAAAUAAUGAACCUCCGCAGUCAUUUAUCAAGCUCGCUACGAGGCCCACCAAUGCUCAAAGUAGUCUAGUCGAAGUAAAUGGAAGAGUGCAACGCGAGCCACGGACAGGUAGUAUCGCGCGCGCCACCGCUUCCUGCUGGAUUUCGCUAGAAAAACAGAAAAGAUAAAACCUUCGAACCCCUGUUGCCUGCUCUAUCUGUCGGUCUCGAUCGAUCGUUCCGUGAUCGCGUGGCGUUCGCUAAAAUGGGACGUUUACUGCUUUAAUUACGAACAAUCACGAGGAACAGGUCGUGACAAAAAGCCCUGUUUUCGACUUUCGUGUCCCCCCGAUUCUACGCGAAAAAAGAAAAAAAAAAGAAGAAACGAGAAAAUAUCCGGUCGAUGUCGUGGUCGUUGUGUUUGAGGUGUUUGAGAUGCGAUCAGCGAUCGAGUCGUGUGACGGUGAACGGUGGAUUCGUUCCACGAGGAUUUAUCAACUCGGUAGAUAGCGGCGUAUGAGAGCUAACUUGGCUCCAUGAGAGUGAUUAUUCCCGACGAUCGCGGCAGAACGUUUAGCCUGUUUCGCGCACCAGUGUAGUUCGCGUUUUGUGAAUCAUGAGACGACGAAACAACGGUUGCUGUUGCCAGAACAGCAAGAGGGCCGGUCGUACCGGGUGCAACGACUCGGAGGGAAACGAACCGCCCGGUUGGUGCAUUUACGCGACAGUCGCUUUGGUUGCCGUUGGUUGUUACCUGAACGCGUUAGGUGGUGAUUUCGUGCACGACGAUAUACCCGCUGUGGUGAGAAACAAGGACGUGCUCGGUCAAACACCGUGGACUAGUAUUUUGAAGGACGACUUCUGGGGGACCCCUAUGCACGAUAUCAACAGCCAUAAGAGCUACAGGCCUUUGACGACAUUGACGUUCCGGUUGAACUACUUGAUGUCGGGAUUAACGCCAAGCUGGUAUCACGCGACGAAUAUUGCCCUGCACGCCAUUGCAUGCGUUUUGGUCACAAGGGUGAGCCUAGCGGUGGCAUCACUGCGUCCAGGAUUUGCUACCUUGACAGGCUUGCUGUUUGCUGCUCAUCCUGUACAUACUGAAGCGGUAACUGGCAUCGUAGGACGAGCAGACGUACUCGCUUGCAUCUUCUUCUUAUUGUCGUUUCUCGCUUACCAUGGGCAGCAGACGGCUUACGUGUGGAGCAGCGUGUGCUUGGGGGCGCUGUCGAUGCUUGCCAAGGAAACCGGCAUUACUGUUUUGCCUCUAAACCUUCUUUACGACCUUUGUCGCUCCUGGCAUUCAAUCAAGAGGUCUAUUUUCGAGGCCAGAUGGAACGACGAUUCGAGACACUUUUCUCGUCGGGCUGCAGCGCUGCUUGUUUCGUUUGGUGUGCUGCUGGUGGUACGUCUGGCUCUUCUUCAUGGUACUCUGCCCAAGUUCUCGCCGCAGGAUAAUCCGGCAGCUUUUCAUCCCUGUUUCCACGUCAGAUUAUUGACAUUUUGCUAUCUGGCGGCUCUGAAUUGCUGGUUACUACUGUGCCCAGCAACGCUGUCUCACGAUUGGCAGAUGGGAUCUGUUCCUUUGGUCGCCUCAUUGGCGGAUACCAGAAACCUGGCCACCUGUCUAUUCUUCGGUGGCUGCUUGAUCCUAACUUACAAAGCCUUCACAGAUUUCGAGCAACAGAGGCACCCGCCUCUUCUUCUUGGUUGGAUGUUCCUGGUACUGCCGUUCUUGCCCGCAUCCAAUCUUUUUAUUACCGUUGGAUUCGUCGUUGCGGAACGUGUACUUUAUUUGCCCAGCGUUGGAUGGAUUCUUCUGGUCGUAUAUGGGAUGCAAAUCAGCUGGACGGCUAUUCCGCGCAGAAGAAGUCUGAUCACGACUGGAAUCGUUCUACUUCUACUCUUAGGAUGCUACAGAACGAUACUUCGAAACAGAGACUGGACGUCCAGAGAAACUCUUCUCAGGGCGGGUCUGCGGUCUCUUCCUCAUAACGCCAAGAUGCAUUAUAACUUCGCCAACUUCCUGCGAGACACGUCGCAACCUAACCGAGCUAUUCUACAUUACCAGCUGGCCCUUUGGCUGUGGCCGACGUACGCUAGUGCGCAUAACAACCUCGGAACACUUUCGGUGGGCGAUCAAGCGGAGCAACACUUUUUGGCUGCGAUACACGCUCAACCGGGACACGUGAACGCUCAUUACAAUCUUGGUCAACUCUACAGGAAAACGAACAGGACAGAGGAAUGUAUACGGAUGCUGCAAAAAUGCGUAUCCUUGGACCCGGCAUAUACGCCAGCCUAUUUGGUGCUGGCGAGAUUGGCAACUGGUCCUACCGCUGGCGUUCUUCUACGGCACGUGGUCCGAUUACAACCCAAAAGCCCCGACCAUCUCGCGGAAUAUGCAUCGUGGUUGUACCAGAAUGGCAAAUGGCUACCCUCUCUCAAGUACUACCUCAAAGCUAUGGAGGUCUCACCGUCGCACAGAUCGUCGCUUCUGGGAACGGUCAGAAUACUGAGAUCAAGGGGUCAGUGGCCCAGAGUUCAUCAACUUAUCACCAGAUGGCAUCUGAUGUUACGAGCGAAACGAGGUGGCCUCGUAUAUCGUGGCGAUCUUUAUAUACGCGCGUGGCAGCUGCAAAGUGAAUCUCGUCGUCGAGCGCAUCAACAUCAAGGAAAUAUCUGCUUGUCGCAGGGCGGUUGUUCGACACCGCGUGUCGCCAGCGUGUCAGUGCAGCUCGAGCAGGACAGCAACAAGUCGGAACAGCUGGAGCGAGCGCCUCGUUGCAACGUACGUACCUGUAGACAGUCUAGAAAGGGAAAGGCACGCGUGACCGCUCCCGCGCUUCUCGUCCAGAACCUCCUGGAGACGCUCUAGCUCGCGAAACUCUUCGACUAACUCUCCACCUAUGUCUCUGUUUCUCAUCCUCUCGCCUUAAACGCUGGCAGUUCGACGAGUUUCUGUCUGUCGAUGUGUUCGUGGCUCGAACAGCUCCGAGUCUAGGACUUGUUGGUACUCUCGGCUACUUUUCGCGUGUUUCAGUCUCUGACAAUGCGAACGAAAGGAGAAGAAACGGAAGACGAAAAUAUAGGUGGUUGUUUCCGCGUUUUCCCGCGUGACACUCCAGGUGUAUGCGACGACCAGUGAAAUGUCACGAGGUGGCCGAGAAAUACGCGAAGUCGAGGAAACGUUCCACUUCGAACGAGUUGCGGUAUUUAAGUAUUCGAUGUCUACGAUAUGUAUCGUGAUAAGCACCGCGGGUGCAGCAGACAUCGAUCACAACGACUGCGUUUUCAUUGAAGAGGACCAAGCGAGCAACGCAUCGACUAGGUUCCCCGUUUACAGUCUACCUUCGGGUAAUACGAAACGAAGCGAUGGAAGAUUCUAACCGAAAUAAAAAUGAGAGUAACGUAGUUGGAGUCUGGCGAUAAUCUUUUGGACAAGUAACCGAUCGGCGUUGGUUAUAUAGUUACUACUAUCGUCGAGGUAGCGUCGACGUGUUUUUAAACAAUUAUUCGCUGUACUUUGAGUGUGCUUUCGACGUUCUCAGAGAAACAGCGCUCGUCGCGAUGCUACCGGUUCGCUGGGUUUCUUCCGUGUAAUUUUUUUCUCGCGAUCGAGAGGGAUUUCGAGAGGAAACGUUCGGUUGGGGAACGAAACGAGUGAAACAAGAAUCUAACGAGAGUCGAUUCGUAAAUGAAGCCUUAACCCAGAACCCCUUAAUGAUCGUUCUUUUUUCGAGAAAUACGCGGAUCGACGAAGCAUACGACAAAAUACACGACAUUCGUGAUACGUUGAAAAUAUCGCGAAGACCUUGUACGACCGAUCGAUAGAGAAAAUUACACGAUCACGAGGGUGAAAUCUGGUUUACGCUUUUCUUCCGCAGAAGCGUCGUUUCGAAGAGUAUUUUUCUUUCUCUACGUCGUUCCUACGAGACAGAGACGCAUGCGUUCAUAGCGGACAAUAUUGAUAAAAAUGGACUGAAAUAUGAUCGGAGAAGCCCUUGGUAAAUGUGUAAAUAUAGUUAAUUAACCACAUUAAUUGGUCCCUAUUUCGCGACGACACGACACGGCGAACUUUGAUCGAACAGAGAGUCAAGUUACUCUGAAAUUUAUUUUUCACACGUGCAUCGAGGAUGAUCGGGCAGUAUUACAGAGACACGUACACAAUCGACUCGCUAUCGUCAUAAUCGUUUUCCUCGGAUCGUUCUUCUGUGCGUGUUUUGUCUCUAAUUGCCGGACACGUAGUUCUCCGCACAUAUGUAAUUACACGGUGCCAAUAUUUAGCGUUUAAUUAAACGUAUCGGCGUUUCUGGCCGUUUGGUAUGGCUUUUGUAAGAAAAUCGAGUAAGGAAGUGUGCGUCGAUGGAAGAAAGAGAAAAGAUAAUAAUGAUGUACGUCAUUCUUCGAUGAGCUUUGUUCGGCAACGUAUCGAACGUUUGGCUAAAGCACGAUUUAUUAUCCAUGUGUUAAAAUGUCGAUUACUAGAGAUAAUAAUUUGAUUGUAGAUAUUUAUGCGCUUAUGAAAAAUUUUCAAGGUGCAAGUAUGUACAGAACGUACAUAAUAUACAGAAAUAUAUAUAAAGUAUUCGAAAUAAAAUAUAUAAGUUAUAAUAUCUAAUAAUAUUUAGGUUUUAUUUUUUUAAUUAUAUUCUUAAAAAUAUAAACGUGUAUUACACGAGUUAGUAAUAACUGGCAGUUUAACAAUGAUACUGUAAUCGAAGGAAUAUAAAUAAUCGUUUUACUUUUCGAUCCAUGACUACGCUCGUCUUUCCAACAUUGUUUUAUUUUAUAUUUUUCGCAUAAUAAAUCUAUUCUUUUUUUCAUAUAUAUAUGGCACGUUCUGAUAUUAUCAUCCGAUAAAUUUUGGAAGCAAAUAAGUAGAAAUAAAAAAUGACAUUCUAACAAUUUAAUAAAUUCAUUUCAGCAUUUCAAUUCUUCUUAAUCAGAAACAAUAAAUAUUUAGGAAUUAGCGAUAGAUAAAAACAAGCCGAUUUCGGAAUAUUCUCCGACCUAGAUUAAACCAGGUCGGAAACGUACAACCAAUCAAUCGAAGUUUCAUUUAAAAGCAACCGAUGAAACCCACGAUCGGUGAAUCGGAACGAAAGGGAAACUCGUUCGACGUCCUCCAGCAAGAUAGACGGAUCGAUCGUAGCUACCGUCUUUCCAUCGGUAAACCGAGAAAUCGUGUGUUGCUACACUCCUAGAAACGUCAGAAGGAGAAACGGUUUUCAAUUAAAAGGAAGUCCGAUGGCGGCGAGUUCUUUUGUGUAUCUUUUGGUUCGAUAGGACGUCCAAGUUUCUCGUUCGAACGUGGUCGAAAUUGACGCAGCACGUUUCUUUCGUUUCUUUUCCGCUUUUAUUUUUUCGUUCUUUUCGUUGAUUGCACGCCCGUGCUUGCCUGUAGUCGUAAAUCGUCGCUUUAAACGAACGCCCUCGUCGAAACGUUGCCAAAACUUAAUGGAAGACCAAUGUAUAUACGCUGUAUACUAACAAAAAAAAAAGACUCGAGAAAACAUCGAAAAGUUCGGCGAUGCUUAUUGAACAAUUCUCUAUUACGAUAUUGUACGUUUGAGUAAUAAUAAUUCGAGUGAAUUUCUCACGCAAAUUUCAUCAAAUCGGUCGCUCUCGAGAGCAUUAGAUGUGAAAGAGAGAGAGAGAGAGAGAGAGAACGAGAGAGAGAGAGAGAGAGAGAAAAGAGAGAAAGUCGUCCAAUGGAAGCUUCAAAUAAGAUUCGUGGAUGUCAAGAUGUACGAACGUGACGUGAAUUUGUAGAUAACGUUUGCGUUGGUUCAUGUAUACGUUCUAUCUCCUCCUACGACCCACGCAUUCCUCCUCAUUCACGUAUUCCCCCGUAUCCCUCUUUUCUCGUCGAAAAUUUUCGAAUCGAAGCACGUUGGUGAUGAAACAGAGGAGACUGUCAUUGGCCAAGCAGCAAUUUACCUCACGAAACUGCUUCUGAGGAUCGAUCUCGUUGUCAGUUACGAACGAGAUUCCAGCAACGAGGUCGCUAGAGAGUCGAUAGUCGCUGAAGGUCGAUUCGAUCAAGAUGAAAUAUUUUUUUAAAUGUGCUGUUGCACGAGUGCCGACGUUGCUUCGGUUGAAUCGUGUCGCUUGGUGUUGUGCGAAGGAUAUAUUUUUUAGAAAAUCACGUUUGUGUUAGGGUUCGAUCAAAAUGGAAAUUUGAUCAGACAUGAAGAAUUUGCAAGGAUAAGGUCGUAUUUAUUUAGAAAUAUUUUGUAUUUUAUAUCCACGAUAUUUAAAUAUUUCUUUCAUUGAUCGAAACACGCAACACUUCGUGUACACGCGACGAAAUUCAUGCGAAUAUUAUUUGCUUGAUUCUUUAAAAUAGAGACUAGCGUUUAAAAAUACGCGUGCAUAUGAACCAGAGCGACUGAGUGUUCGGAAAAACUGGUGCGACGAUACUUUUCAUUUGGAAACGGUGUUGUAAUGGAACCGACGUAAUUUAAGGACCCAUUUAAUUCCUUGAGACGACGAUGUAAACGUUAUUUUAUUAUCGUAACGAAUAGGUAACGGAGAAGUAUUUAUAUAGCUAUGCUUUCUUACCAGAACGGUACCGAAAUUGUUACAAUAAUUGCUCAGCGAAUAAGGCGAACAGACGAGAGUUGUUCAUCGCUUAUUGUGUACAGUACAACACGAAUAAAAAGAGAAAACAACAUACGGCAUCGUUUUUCAAUCUUACGAAUCGAGUAUCGUACGAGAACGCGAAUUUUUACAAUUUUUAUUCCCGACAUAUUUAUUGUAUUCUGUUUGUACACAGAACUGAAGCCUAUGGAUAAAAAUGAGCUUAAACGAACUUAUUUCACGGAAAACAAUGUGUCACAAAGAAGCUACCUAUGUAAAAAAAAAAAAAAGGAAGAAAGAAAACAGGUAAAUGGUAAAACAGAAAUGUGUGAAACGGCUCAACGCUCCUGACAUACACACACGCGAAACCGAACAAAUCCAACGAUACAUUUCGAGGUUCGUGUUGAAUCGCCAAACCAAGUUCAGUUCCUACCAAUUUUCGGGGAAUACAGAGUUCGAAACGAUUCGCAGAAAACUACCUGUCGCGUUACUUUCGCAUUUUCAUUUCCCGGCGAAAUUUCUGAUUGGCAGGGUCGAUUGUUCCACGAGAGUCGAUCGUCGUUGGGUGUCUAUAAUGUAGACGAACGGGAUAAGAUUCCGCGUCGAUCUGACGUUUCAUGUUCUUUACAGUGGUUGAAGAACCUUAAUAAAAAAAAUAAGGAUUCUUUCCUUUUUCUUCCUUUCCCCCGUUUUUCUAAAUAAGCAUUUAACGUCGCGUUCACUUCUGGAUCAUUAGCGACGAGAAUCUAAAAUAUAACGAUAGAUUUGUAACGAUGGUUUGAAUCGAUCAGGAAUUUAAUGGUAUCUUUUUACUCUAGAAUUACCAAACUGAUCAAAAUGAUAGAUGGCAAUUCCGUUUUCACAAACGAAAAGGAUUUGAUACGUUUUAAGAAGGCGUUUAUCGUAAAAUUAAAACGAUAUCACGCAUACCUUUAAGAAUACCAAUAAGAAUUUGUUCAUAUCUUGUUCAAACUUGAGAUAUUUUUCAAUAUUAGAAAAAUGCAUUGAAAAUGGUAUAAACAAGGCAUCGCAUUAAAAUACACAUUGGUUGCUCCUGUGUCAAAUGGAUCCUUUCUCGAGCAAAAUUUGAUAAAAAUCAAUUUGGAAUAGAAACAGACGUGAUACGAGAGAUCGACGUGUAAUUGAGUCUGUACGUGGGCCGUAUAUAAUUAGCCGCAAAACUUGAUUAGUCUAGGUUAUUACUCCAUAGACCAGUUUAUACAUCUAAUUACAAUACGUUAUUGCGCAUAUUCAUUGUGAAUACGAAUGCAAUUAUAAAUUAUCAUAAUAAAGUGUAUGUUUAUAUACAUGUA